CCUCUUUCCGAUGGUCUGCACUGUGCUGCUGUGUUUGGUCUUCUCCUCCAGACUGGCAGCGUUUAGGAAAGCAGCAAGCUGGAAGUACGUAUGAGGUGAUCCACGGCACCUUCGGGAGACGGGGGGGGGGGGUUGUUCUGUUUCGCAACCAGCAGCCUGAGAAAGGUUUUUUUUUUUUUUUUUGCCGAUUCGACAUUCUGCAUCGCGUGUUUUUUUUGCGGGGACCGGGGAAAAAAAAUAAAUAAAUAUGGCAAAAGCCUGAGAUUUGGGAAAGACGAGUGAAGAGAAGAAAAAGAAAGAAACACCUCGGAAGUUUUUCGAGCUUCGUCCGCGUUAUGGAAACGUAGAGUUCUCCGACACCAGGAUGGUUUGGGGGUAGUUACAUGGAGUCUGGGUUGGAACUGGGAGCCGUUUUCACGGGGACUAAGGACGGGGACUAAGGACGGGAAACACGGCGGACAAAACUUUCCCCUUGCGGGAGAACAAAGUAACCUUUACGCACGGUCUGCGCGCACACGCACACGUUUUUUUGUACGACCCCCCAAGAUGCGCCUGUUGAGCACGUCGUGCGGGGGCAUCCGAGUGAAAACACGCGCGUCCGCGACGAUGCACUUUCUCUUCCUCCUCGCGGCCGCGCUGUCCUGCCACGGCUGUCCCGACAAAUGCUUGUGCUUCUCGCAAACUGUGAAAUGCCAAAACCAGGAGCUGGACGCGAUUCCGCAUUCCUUGCCGGCCAAUACCAAGUCGCUGUUCGUCACCGGAAACAACAUCUCACGCGUCGACGUGGACUCCUUCCCGACCCGCCUGCAGAUGCUGACAGACCUCUAUCUCAGUGGGAAUGAGAUGGAGUCCGUGGACGCGAUGGUGUUUGACAACCUGCCGAACCUUGUGCAGCUGGACCUGAGCAACAACCGGAUCCAGACUUUCAGUGACAGGGCCUUCCCAGAGGAUAAUAAAGUGCAGUUCCUGAACCUCAGCAGGUCCAUCCACAAUCACUCCUUCAUGGACGUGGUCCUCGGCGUCCUACAGAGCAGGAACCUCGUCCAGCUGACGGCCCUGGACCUGUCCAACAACGACCUUGUGAUUCUCCCGGACGACUUGUUCGUUGGCCUCCCCAACCUGGUCAGCCUGAGCCUGCAGAACAGCUCCAUCCUCUCGGUGCAGAACGGGACGCUGAGGGUGCCGCCGCUGCGCGACCUCGACCUGAGGGACAACAGCCUGCGGGACCUGCCCUUCGCCACCCUGGCCGAGCUCAGCCUCAAGCCCGCUCUGAGCGUCCGGCUGGCGGGGAACCCCUGGCGCUGCGACUGCCUCUUCGAGGACAUGCUGCUGUGGCUGAAGAACACCACUCAGGUCGCCGAUGCUCAGAAUCUGACCUGCGCUGACCCCAAGGCCCUGAGGCGCCUGCCACUCCUGCGGGUGGAGCAUUCGCAGCUGAAGUGUUCGGGCGACAUGGAGGGCGUGCUGGAGACCUCGUAUGUGUUCCUGGGGCUGGUGCUGGCGCUGAUCGGCGUCAUAUUCCUGCUGGUGCUCUACCUGAACAGAAAGGGCAUCAAGCGGUGGAUGUACAACAUCCGGGACGCAUGUAGGGACCAUAUGGAGGGGUACCAUUACAGGUAUGAGAUCAACUCUGACCCGCGUUUGGCCAACCUAAGCAUCAAUUCAGAUGUGUGAGCGAGGACGGGACACUGUCUGGGACCCCGCAGUGAGAUAUACAUGAAAUGACUUAUACUGUUAACAUUUGCAUGAAAGUCUUCCUCCCCCAUCCCCUCAUGAUGCUCUCCAGAAUUAGCAUCCGUCAUGGCUCCUAGUUAACCCCCCACCCCAUCAGAGCCUCCAUUCAACCACUGCCGCAUGUCCAAUACAAAUACCAGGCAGCUGUGAUGUUUCCUCCUUAACAUUGCAUGGACAACGAAUCACUGCGACGGUUGUUUUUUCUUUCUUUCUUUUUUCCCGGAGAGUUGCAAAGAGUGAUGUGUCCUAUUUUUUACUCUUCCUAAAGGAUAAAGUACAUUGACUUUUCAGUGAAAGAAACCAUCGCAUCCUUCUUACUAUGCCUCUGAUGCAGAGAAAUGCUCCGCUGCUUGUUUAUGAGUUGUCGUUUUUUUUAUAUAUGUGAAUUUGUGAUAUACAGUAUGCCCAUUUUGAAUGAUAUAUUGCCUAGUUAUUGGAUUUAAUAGGUGGAUGUAAUUGCUCUUUUUUUUAAAAUUGUAUCUAUUAAAAAAAAAAAGAUGUGUAAAUAUCCGGCUAAAUAAAAUGCCUCUGGAU